AUGAGUGAGGAUGAGGCAGUGUCGAUGCCUGCCGCCCCUGCUGACAGCACCUUAAUUCAGGGCACUAAGGCCUUUGGUCCUUCUGACACGGUGGUUGCUGACAUUGACAAUAGAGUGGCAGAGAUGGUAAACUUUCUCUUUGAUAAUGGUAUGAGAGAGGAGGACUACAAGGCCAUGUGUGAGGACGAUGUUGUCAAGAGGCCUAAUAACUGCCAUGCUCUUGCGCCAGUGGAAUGCAACCCACAGGUGUUGGAGGCCCUGAAGCUGGAUGCCAGGAAGACAGACUUCCGCUUGAAGGAGGUAAAUAAGGACAUCCUGCGGGCUUCAACCAUUAUCACCAAAUCCUUAGUGGCACUGGAUGAUUUGGCUGAACAGGAAGGUAACCCCAAGUUGGCACAUGAGGUUCCAACCCUACGGGCAACAGAGGUAUGGCUCCAGGGCUGCCCCACGACUGCCUUCCACUCGUCAGGAUGUGGAGCCAAAAAACUCCAAGGGCCGGGGCGGCCGCAGCAGGCAGCCCCAGUAAACUUACAGGCGAUUCAGGCCACCAUUUCUCUGUUGCAGAGGUUAGGCUUUUGUAUCAAUAUGGAGAAGUCUGUUCUCACCCCCACACAAUGUAUUGAAUACCAAGGCAAUGUUAUUAACACCAAGUUCAUGACUGCCUCUUUACCUGAGCGUAGACUAAUCAAAAUUUGCCAAGGAUGUGCAGAACUUUUGUGUAAAGAUGUUGCCCCCAUUCGAGAGGUGGCCAGGGUGAUCGGCCUCAUGGUGGCUGCGAUCCCAGCAGUGGAGUUAGGUAAACUUCACUACAGGAAGUUGGAAGGGGGAAAAAUUGCCGCUUUGAAACAGGAGUAUGGUAAUUUUGACAGGCCUUUGAAUAUUACUGCAGACAUGAAACUAGACCUUUCCUGGUGGUUAGACAAUGUGGACAGACACCACAGACACAUUUUUAGGCCAGGUACUGACAUCGAUUUAUUUACUGAUGCCUCCAGCCUUGGUUGGGGGGGUCAUUUGGGGUGUCAGAUUACAAGUGGUACUUGGUCCCUGGAUGAAAAGGAGCUUCACAUUAACAUCCUGGAGAUGAAAGCCAUUCUAUUCUCUUUGCAAGCAUUUGAACAUGAGCUGGAAGGUAGACAUGUUAGAGUUUUUUGUGAUAAUACCACUGCCAUAAACUAUGUCAAUGAAAUGGGAGGCACAAAGUCCAAGUCCUGUAAUGAUGUUGCUACCCAGAUUUGGGAUUGGUGUCUGGAACAUGACUCAUGGGUUACAUGCUCGCACAUACCGGGGAAGGACAACACCUUGGCUGAUGUAGCCUCUCGCAAGAUUAAUGACAGACAUGAGUGGAAACUCGACUCACACAUUUUUUCUACCUUGUGUAAUGUUUUUGGGACACCGUCCAUUGAUUUAUUUGCCUCAAGGCUUAACAAACAGGUGCCUUCAGAAGUUACGUGCGGAGCAAGCACGAGGCUGGAUGGUGGUUCCUCUGUGGCCGUCCCAGUGUUGGAUGGGCAUGCUGCUCCAGUUGCUAAUAGACUUCCCACGUUUGAUAACGAACAGGAGGAAUGUUCUAACACACCCGUCCACAACAGAUCCACACCCCAUCAUGUCCCACACGAGGCUCAUGGCAUGCCUUCUGUCAGGGAAAACUUGCAGAAACGAGGAGUUUCGCCGGCGGCUGCGGACAUCAUACUUGCCUCCUGGAAACCAGGUACUGAGAGGCAAUACCGCCCACAUGUCCAGAGGUGGUCGUUGUUUUGUGGUAGACGGAAUGUCGAUCCCACUUCUCCAAUUGUAGGUCACAUUGUAAAUUUUUUGACGGAAACCUUUGACAGGGGUGUGGGUUAUGAGUGUGUGAACAUUGCGAGGGGUGCCCUGUCUUCUCUCGGCAUUGUGGUGGACGGAUGCAGGGCAGGAAAUCACCCUUUGGUCAUCCGAUUCAUGAGAGGGGUUUUCAAUCUUAGAACUCCUCAGCCCAGGUACACUGACACUUGGGACGUCCAACCUGUCUUAGAGCAACUAAGGUCCAUGUUCCCCUUACAUGCAUUAACCCUUAAAGAAUUAAUGCUAAAAUUGGUUAUGAUGAUGGCCUUAACUCAAGCUGCCAGAAUUCAAACUUUACAACUAAUGUUAAUCAGAGACAUGCUCAUUAAUGAACACUCCAUUUCAGUACAGUUGGGGGGCACUCUUAAACAAUCCAGACCAAAUUUUAACAUCAACAGGGUCACAUUCCAUCGUUACCCUAAGGAUCCACGAUUAUGUGUCUGUAGCACUCUCCUGAGGUACAUUGAUGUGACUAAAGAGCUUAGACAGGAUGAGAUGCACACUGAUGCCAGGCUCCUCAUUAGCUUCAUAAAACCCCACAAAUCAGUUUCCAAAGACACUAUUGCCCGUUGGGUCAGGACCAUUCUCCGCAUGUCCGGCAUAGACAUCUCAAAGUUUUCCGCUGGUAGUGUGCGGCCAGCAGCAGCUUCAAAAGCUGGAGUGGCGGCUGUCCCUGUCGCAUGCAUUAUGGCUAAGGCGGGCUGGUCUAGGGAAUCUACCUUUGCAAAAUAUUAUAAUAAGAACAUUGUGGCUGCUUCUGACCUCUUUCAGGAUGCAGUGCUAGAAUAA